GUUGGCUACAAAAAAAAAAAAAAAAAGGAAGAGUUUUUUUGCUAAUUGUCCACUUAUAUAUAUAACACUAGCACAACAGUUAUCUAUUUUAUAAUUAGAGAGCCAAUAUAUUUGCAAGCAAAGAAGAGAGAUUUCAGUUUUGCUUUCUCCAUAUUCAUAUAUACAUAUUUUCUCUGUGAAUUUGAGUUAAAAGAAACAAAGAUGGGAUACUGGCAAGCAAAGGUUGUUCCAAAGUUCAAGCAGAUCUUUGAGAAAAAUCCCAAGAAGGCUGCUGCUGCAGAGGCAUGCAAGACUUUUGACGAGGCUAAGGAGCAGUACAGCAAAGAGUUCGAAGAGAAGAAAACUGAGCUUCAACCCAAAGUAGUUGAAGUUUAUGAAGCUGCUGAAGUUGAGAUCAAGACUUUGGUGAAGAAGCCAAAGGGUGCAGGGCUGAAGAAACACUCAGCUGGAGUCCAGAAAUUCCUUGAUGAGCUUGUCAAGAUCGAAUUCCCGGGAUCAAAAGCAGUAAGUGAAGCAAGUUCAAACUUUGGGCCUUCAUAUGUAUCCGGCCCAAUUCUCUUUGUGUUCGAAAAAGUAUCCACAUUUAUAGUCGUCACAGAAGAUAAGAAAGAAGACGAGAAAAAAGCCGAGGCCCCAGCUGAAGCGGAAGGUACAACAGCUAAAGCAGCAGAAGGAGAGACAACGGGCGAGGUGAAAGAGAAGGAUAUAGUUAUUGAAGCAGCAGAAGCUAAGAAAGAAGAGGCCUCGGCACCUGCUGACGUGGCAUCAUCUGCUGACGUGGCACCUGCCAAGGUGGAAGAAGCGCCCGCUGCAGCUGACGUGGCACCAGCCAAGGUGGAAGAAGCACCAAAGGCUUGAUGAAUAUAAUAAUUCAAUUUGUGUCUUGUGUCUAAAAAAAAAAAGUUGCUUUUUUUUCUUUUUUCUUUUUCUAUGUUUCAUGCAUGGUUGCUAUAAGAAAGAAGACAGAAACUUGAUUUGUUA